UCUGUCGGGAAUUGUGCAGCCGGAAGCUUGGAACCGAGAUCGUUGGUCCCCAAAAUUUAAGGCGGAUUUGGAAUAGUGUACCAUCAAAGUGCUCCUAACUAUCCAAACCCUUUUUAGCAUCAAAAAACUGUAACUUUCGAAACUAGCGGCUGGAUCGAAGGUUUCGAGAACCCAAAAAUAGAAUACUUAAAAGUAGCGCCGAAGGGAAAGUAUAAAAGACCGCAAGAUGGCACAGGAGACGAAGACGGUGGCGGCAGCCAAAGAUCAGAAUCAGCGAGACCAUAUCGACGAGGAUGAAGUCAGCGAACUGACCAAGUCGCGCAACUUCUACGACCUAAUUCGCGAGCAGGCAGAGCGCUUUUCCAGCACGCGAUUUGGCCAAUUCGUGAUUGAACGGGCGGAUCGAGCUCUGGUGAUGAUCGAGGAUACGGCCAAGUGGAGUCUGCCGCAAGAGAAAUCUGCUGCUCCCUUGGAACGCCCUUUGCCAUGGGCUCCCUUUCUGAUGCUCAUCAUCCUGCUGCGACUCACUCGCAUUUGGUUAUCGGUGGGCGCCCUGAUGAUCGGCAAUGGUCCCAUAUCCCCCUCGGACAUGGUCUACUUCAUUCAGACCCGACGUCGCAAGUUGCGGGCCAUCCGAGUUCAUGGCCUUAGGGUCAUGAGGCAUCGCCAGCAGGAGGUUUCCUACGGCAGCGGCAAGGGUCUGAGCCAGAAACUUACCCAGUGGUUUUCCCGGGCCAUGUGCCGUCCAGGAGUUCAGCAGGACAGCAGCAGUCGUCGGGUGUUUGUGCGCCACUCGGAGCAAGGACUUAACAACUCGGUGGUUGUAAAGCGCCCGCGGGAGGAGGACUCCAAUGCCGAUGCCCAUCACAACCUAACCAUCGAUCAGAUGCUGGCCAAGUACGCCAAUGACAACUCCGAGGAUGACUCCGACUUUGUGCCCGAUGAGGAGGAUGAGAGCAGCAACAGCAGCAGCAGCAGCAGCGGGGACAGUGAUUCCGAAUCCGGCUCCGGCGAUGAGAUCAGUGCCGGCGAGGUGGAGGAGCUCAUCGAUCAGGCCAAGAAGAAACCCGCUGAAGCAGUGGUGGAAAACGGAGUUCACAAGGCCGAGGAGAAGGAAAACGAUAAGGGAAAACUGAACGUAACGACAACCAGCAAUGGCAACAACGACAAGGAGCAGGCGGAAGUUGCUCCUGCAAAGCCGGAUGAGGAGUGGAAGUCUUCGCCGGGACACAUGAGUGCUGCCAUGAUGAACACCCGACUCUACAAUAACACCGCCGCUGCAGCCGCUAAAGAACCUGAAUCUGAAACCCCAUCCGAACCUCCAUCCCAAUCCCAACCCGAAAACGAUGAAUCAGACGAAGACGAGGACGAUAGCUGCAGCACCAGUGGCAGUAGCCAAACCGGGAGCACUGUCUGCCAAGGGGAUAACCAGGCCAAUGAGACCCAGCCUGAUACCCAAACUGAACAGAUCCUCGAGGUUGCCGCCACACUAACCGCCUCAGAACUAUCCAACUACCCCACUGUCAACACCCUAACUCCCGCCACCUCCUCCGAAGACAUAUUCUAUAGCCCUAUCGGUUCACCCACUUGCUUCAAUACUAGCCUAGGAACCCAGGCUCUCCUCAAGAGGGCCAGCAUCCAAUCCGUCCUGGCCCACUCCACGCCCACUUCGGAGACGACAGAUCAGCCACCUGAAGAGGCGAAUAACUCAACACCCCAAACACCUGCAACCGAGAAACCCCAGACUCCGAAAGAAGUCCAUCCACAAAACCAGCAGCAAAAUCAGAAGCAGCGUCAGCGCAACCAUUCCCACCAAUGCUACCGUGGACGCAAUCGGCGCUAGUCCUUGGAUCCACAUCCUUGUCAUAUCGCUCGAUUUUCCUCCUAGCCAGUUACCUUUUUUUCUAAUUUUUUACAUUCCCAUAUUGUUAGUGAAUACUGCGAGUAAAUCUCUGAACUUAAUCGGAA